UAAACGUAUAUUUUCACUUAUUUGCUAUAAUCAUUACACUCCCAAGCAAAACUUAAAAAAUUGAGAAAAGUCCUGCGUUUAUUCGAUGAAAUGGCUGUGUAAAUAUAUUUGACGGCAUAUUUUCAAGGCUAAAGUCAUCGGUGCCACUCAGGAGAGAGAAAAACUUGAGCGAGCUCAGUUAUCCAGAAUGGCAAAAGCGUUGAGGUUCAUUUUUUUUCUCAGCGUCAGCGUUGUUAUUUUAGCAGAUUUUACCUUUUCCCAAACUGCGGAAGACGAAUACUGCCCAGAUAGUACAUACUAUGACGUCAACCUUGACAGUUGCAUCGAAACAGACACGACAGACACAAAGAAAGAUUCCACCGUAACUGAAGAUCCUGAAGUCGAGAGUGACAUUGUGCAAUUUUCGAUAAUAGCCGUUCCAAAACGAAGAAUAAUAUGCAUGGAAGGUGACAUUAUGGACCGAAACCGAAAAAUGUGUUUUAAAGGAAGACGCACUAAGAAAUAAGCAGUAUGACGAAGAUUUUUAGUUAAAAACGUGUUCAACAGAGACCGAAUAUAAUGCUACUCUAUUUACCGAGUAGAAUGUGCGCUACGCGAAUUCACUUUUUUAGUUUUUAGUUUAGCUUGAACAAUAAAAAAGCGCAAUCCUCAAUCCUAUCUCCCGCUAAAAUAGUUACUUUUAACAAAUAUGUUUAAUUCAAACUGACAAUAGUGAGUAUCUAUGAAAAAAUACAGCUUUUAAUUUAAAAGGUACAUUUUUGUACUAUUACAAUUAUAACUAAAAUAUUCCUACUAGGCAUUUAUUUGUAUUAUAUAUGAAUUGCGAUGUAAAGUGUAAUUAUAAAUAAACUCAUUACCAUUUUACAUAAAAUGUACUUUAUUGCUACUUUAUGCUUUUUAUUAAGUCAUUUUAGCGUGAUCAUUCUUUAUGAGAUUGGUGUAGAAUAAAACAAUGAGCGAUGUUAAUGAGCGGAUCUUAAUAAUAAGUUUCGUGUAUAGCUGUGGGGGCCGCCUCAAUUAAGCCCUCUAUGAAUGCGUGACAGUAAGUACUUAAGAGGCAUGGGUGGUUUUCACGAGUUCACACCAAAAUAUGAAGCAGCUUGUCUCGUUACUUGUCUUUUUCCUUGUUUUGCAUGGAUGUCGGGCACGGGCGCAAGAGCCACCCCACGAUUACGAUGACUGCCCACCAGGGUUACACUGGAGCGAGGGCAGGUGCAAGUCUUCCGUCAGGGUUAGGUUCGGGACAAAUGAUAACCAACAAGCACCAGCAUUUCUGUCAUCACCAUUACUUGUCACAUCUGCGAGGCCACUUCUACAAUCAGGUGCUAUUCAUCUCUUAAACAAAGACAAGUGUCUGCCAGGCUACAAGCAGAAUAAGCAGGGAGUUUGCAAGGCUUCUUAUCUCCAUCCUCUUCAGUGGUUUUAUCGACUGAACCCCCUUUACGCCGGCAACUCACUUAAUCAAUUUACGCACGGACUUAAUCACCCAUAUUUUGCAUACUUGCCAUUUUUGUAUAACGCCCUUUCAUUGAGCAAAGGCAUUAAUUCGUUGCCGUAUGCCAACAGAUUUUGGGGGUAUCUGAAUUAUGGCAGUUUGUUCCCAUACAGAUAUCACGGUCUAUCCAUAUGCCCCCCAGGCUAUCAGGUUUACCGAGGAAAAUGCCAACCGUACGUUGACUAUUCACUGCUGCACCACGUCUGAGCUUUUCAUAAUCAAUUUUAAUUUUUAUGUGUUUAAAAAAUAGUUGGUUUUACACAAAACAAUAUAAUAUGUUGUACUCUUUAUUGAUAAUGCUGUUCUCUUAAAAGAAUUGAAACAACCCACCUCAGUGUAAUGCUGUAAAAUUAUAAAUCGCUUUUUAACCCUAUAUUGCGCUUUAUGGUGUACUGUUAGCUUUUCAAACCUGCGAAUUGACAUAUACGAUAUUGAAAUUUUAAUUUAUAUUUACUGCUCUGGUUUCCUUGACUGAAGAUUUUAAUAUUUUAAGUGUUUUACACCCUAAAGCACUCCACCCGCUUUUCGGCGUCCUCACCUCGCCCUCUCUCUAUUCCUCUCUCGCGCAUCCCGUCCAUAAGAGAUUAACUAGAUUUCAUUUGAAUGCCCUUCCAACUCGACUCUCAACUGCUCCUCGAUGACACCACGGCUACACAUUUAUGAGGACGACAACCAGGACCAGUCAAAGAUAAAGACGAAUGAAUGGAACUAAUGAUUAUUUUUACAUUGCUUUUUAAUCUCAAUAGAGAUAUGAAAUUCCAAUUAAAAAAUUUAUUUUCAAAGGGACACUCAUCAACAGUGCUUAACCUUCGAGCGACCAAAUAAAAUGAUAUUAAUAAAGCUUUAAUUAAACGCCGAAAGUUUAAAUAUGUAAAUUAAAUACACAUGCGUAGUACUUUAGCCUUACGCAUCAGUAAAGGCAAAUAUGUAGUUACAGAAAGUGCUGCGCAUUAUAGAGGCACCAUACGCCGAGCCGCUGUUUUUGCCGUGGCACCUCAUCCUCAUUAUUUGACCGCAGAGAUUUUUUUUGGUUAACCAAUCAUUGGACAAGGCCACUUUGUGCGUCCUCUUCCGUCCUUUGUUUCCGUGCCCUCAGCUUUUAAAUACUUGCAAUGUAAGUACAUCACUAUCAGAUCAUAAAAAAUGGCACGUCACAUUGGUUUGUUACUUUUUCUGCUCUCGUCAGCAAUAUUGGUAGCGUUCGGACAAUAUCAACGUAUCCCCAGUGGAUUUCCUGGUCCAAGCGGUCCCGCUGGUCCCGCUGGAGGACAAAUUGGAGGCCCCGCGAGACCUCCAGAAGGGCCGACCGGUGUGGCCGGUUCGCCAACAAGACAUCAUUGUCCGCCAGGAUCAGUUUUUGUCAAGAUAUUAAAUCGCUGUAAGGUGCACACCCUAAUAGCUAGAAAUCCAUCUCCGUAUUAAAUAACGUUGUAUGUAAGCGAUAUAUAAGUGUAAAUUAUGCAGGAUGAAGAUUUUAAGUCCUUCCUUGUUAACACAUAAUGUAAAAUGCUGUUUUCUUUAAUUUUGAAGUUUAAGCCUAAAAUAUACAUUUUCAAAUUAUCACAGAAGUUUCAAUUUACUGUUUUUACAUACCCAUCAAUCUGACUUACUAUGCGUGGUGUAAAACAGUCGCAAAAAAGGGGUGCAUAAUUAAAAAAGACUGCAUCAGGUUCCAGGAAAAUUUAAUACUUUUAGCAGUUUUAAAUUACCAAAGUUAAAAUUACCAAACUGGGAUAUAUAUUAAAAAUGCAAACAAAACUAACUCACCCUCUACGGGUGAUAUUAAUUGUUUCUCUCUUUUUAACGCAAAGCUUGUUGAAAUUUCAGCAAAGAUAAAAAAAUCAGUCGCUGGUUGAUUUUCCUUAUAGUAUAUGUUUAAUUUAAGAUUCAAAUUUGCUUUAAAUAUUUUUUUAAUUAAGUAUAUCUGGUACUUGUUUUAACUCUUAUUUCCCAAAAUUUUAAAUUAUACUUCAAAAGGACACAUUUGGUUGAACGUAAUUAAGCUCAUCUAAAUUAAGCUCAAUAUUUUUUGUAAGAGGCGUCUCAAUAAACUUUAUUCACCUCUACGAUCUAUAAAUCUUCACCAAAACGAAUGAAAUACAAUCACAUCCAGACUCGUCAGUAGCCACACUGUGUUCAAUAAUUUAUUUUCAAACUGGUUUGCGAACACAUCCACUUCUCUGACCUUUUCCCACAAAAAAACGGUGCGGCGCAAAGUAUAAAAUCGCAGUCGCCACUCCCUGUGAGUCAGUAGCUGGGGACAUCUUUUCCUGUUUGCAAGUAGCCACAGCCUAAAUAUGUGGCACGUGAAAAUAGUCGGCCUUCUCGUAUUCUUUAUUACGAUGAUUUGCAUCAGUGGAGCUCAGAACUUUGGACAAGGGGCGAAUUUAAACAACCCUUUACAACGACAACCACAGAAUUCUUUCAACCAACGCCAGCAGCCGUUACAACCACAGCAAAACAAACAAAGGGUCAACCAAGGUCGACCAGGCGUUCCACCUUAUCAACAGCAACAAUUCAAUCAGGGACCAUCCUGGCAGCAAAGUAGACCGCAACAGCAAAUACGACCCACCAACCCAAACUCUAAACCAAAUAAUCAACCACAACCAGUCACAACAAUUUUCGAUCCACCUGAAAGAAGGUGCGAUGAAGGUGAAGUCUGGGACCCCAGGACGGAAACAUGUAGAAAUAGGUCUUAAUUGAAAUUGAUUAGUCCUUGAUUAAUUUGUUUCUGCCCGAUUAUUUAGGAUCUAAAUUUUCUGAGAUUUUAUCUGUUUUAUAUUAACAAUAUAAAUGGCUCUUUUUGUCACAUAACAAUGUUAUAUUGAUAUUUGGACUCGUAAAAUAUACCUAUUUAUAGAGUGCAGUGUUGAAAAACCUUGUAAAAAACCAUUAAAAAUUGUGAGCUUCGCAAUGUUUUAAUUUUCGAUUUAUUAAGGCGUAUAAUUAACACAAAUUCCGUAGUUAAAAUUUUGCUCAUUCGAAUCUUUGUACCAAAUGUAACAAAUUAUUAAGAAAAAUAAAGUAUUCAUAGUUGAAAGAA